GACAACUAAUUCCACAGUCAACAUGCCUCCCAAGAAGAAGGUUGAGCGCGGCCCUGCCGAGAACAUCCAGCUUGGACCCCAGGUCCGCGAGGGCGAGCUUGUCUUCGGUGUUGCCCGUAUCUUCGCUUCUUUCAACGACACCUUCGUCCACAUCACCGAUCUGUCGGGCCGCGAAACCAUCUCCCGUGUCACCGGUGGCAUGAAGGUCAAGGCUGACCGUGACGAGUCCUCCCCAUACGCUGCCAUGUUGGCGGCUCAGGACGUCGCUGCCCGCUGCAAGGAGCUCGGCAUCACUGCCCUCCACGUCAAGAUCAGGGCCACUGGUGGUAACGGUACCAAGACCCCCGGACCCGGUGCCCAGUCCGCCCUCCGCGCUCUCGCCCGUGCCGGCAUGCGCAUUGGCCGCAUCGAGGACGUCACACCCACCCCGUCCGACUCGACCAGGAGGAAGGGUGGUCGCCGUGGUCGCCGUCUCUGAGCUUGUGCGAGGCUCAUUUCUGGCGCUGGUGGAGGUUUUAUGGCAUGGCUUAUGGUGUUCAUGACCGGACCAAAAAUUACGCGGGGAACGGCUACUGCCUGCAGAGCCUGGUCUCCAUGUUGAACUCGGCUCGGAUGAAAUAGUCAACAGGCAGUUCAACAGAAUCUUUCUGAAUGAAUUGGCUUGCCUCCCCUGAAUGAAGUGAUGAAGAUUAUCAACACAUUACUAUUACGAUGGUAUCUACUAUAAACUCGU